GUGAAUAAGACUCAGAGGUGAGGAUUCUUUGUAAGCAUAAAAUGUGACUUUGGUAUAGGUCGUAGGUGAAGGGGUCAAAGUUAGGAAUACUUUAAAAACUUUUAUAGUAAUUUAUGAAUGAAUUUGCUUAGGCGUUCAAAAUGCUGUGCAUAAACUUGAUUCUGUAAUAUUCUAGGCCUUAUUUGAAAUCUUGCAGGUUCUUUAAAGCAAAGUUGUUUCCUGUAUUUUCCUCAGUAUCAAAUAGACAUUCCUUGAUUUUUUUUUUUCAGUAUCAAAUAGACAUUCCUUAAUCACCUCGUAAACACAGGCCACUUCUGAACAUUUACUCCCUUGAAAAUUUAGACUAAUGAUGGGUUACUCAUAUGGUUGCAGUUCACUUAAUUUAAGGCAGCUGACACUUGAGAGUUCCUUCAGAUUCUGUAACAUUGGGAUAUGGUCCACCAGGUGGAGUUACCACAGUUCGGUAUCUUCAUUUAUCUUUUCUUUCCUUAUUAAACCUUUAUUUAGCGCUUCAUGUAUUGCCACUGGAAGAUAACGUUACUUUAUAUCACUUUCUUGUCCCCUUUCUGCUUACAUAGUCUAAGUAACAUCUGAUAAGUUUCAUCCUAUAAGUUACAUCCUUUGCUUGUGUAUUUCAGCUUUUGAGUCCUUCGUAGCACCACAUAUAAGUCACCAGCAUAAAUGCCAAUAGUCAUAAGUCAUAACCGUAUCAUUCGUUACUUCUUCAAGUGUGACACAAAGGUACCACCAGCUUGAACACCGACAUACUCUUUGUAAUAGUGUAACCCUCUCUCGAUUUGGACCAUUGUAACGCAAUCGCUGUGACACUUGGAACUCAGACAUGCCAGAAAAAGGAAUUGGAUACUAAAAGUGAACACAGGAAUUUCAGGAUGACAGAUAGAUAAAUUCCAAUCACACAGGCAUGUUUGUCUUUGUUAGUGAUUUCAUUGUCAUGGCUGUCAUGUUGCUUCAUCUUCGUUUGUCAUUUGUUAUAUUUAAUUUUGUUUCCUCGUCAUUGAGAAAAAGUGUGAUUUUUUCCAGUAAUAUUCUCAUCUUCUGUGCUUAUAGAAGUGUGAGGCAAUUCAUGUCUCAGUAGAUACCAGGAACUGCAGACAAUCUUGAGAGUUUUAUUUGACCAUUGUCUCUUCUGACUUGAACCUUGACCCUGUUUCAAUGUUCACGCACACACCAAGUUAUAGAAUUUCUCCCUGUUAAACUCCCAUGCCGUUGUUUUGCCCUUCUCCCCUGCAAGAUACUAUUGCAUUUUUCAUUACAACCCUGCUGUUAGUCUGACCUGUUUCCUUGGCCCACCACACCGCCUUGUAAUAGACCCCCCUUUGCCAGGUAUGCGUUUAAGAGCUCCAAUAAGAUUUACAUCUUAGCCUCUGUAGGUAACCCUGUUUCCUGUUGAGAGGUUCUUCGUGCAAGCCCUAUUCUAUAAUACUCCGCCUAGCCCGAUCUGUUACGGUUCCUUCUCCCGUCACAAGCUUUAUCUGCUUUUAUGACCAAUGUGACAUCCUUGACAAGCCCUCCAUGUCCUACAGGUAGUUCAGGCAACGUCGCCUGGAUUUAUCCUCCACCAUGGGCCAUCCUGUAUCCUAAACUACCCUUGCUUAUCUACCUCCAAUACCCUAUGUUUCAUGUUCCAGGAACCUUUCCUUGAGAAGUGGGUUGUAUCAUGGGAACCCUUUAGGGUUAUGUAGUAACUGAUAAUACCUCACUAAGUGUCUCUUGAUCACGACAUUAUCUCCACCACAUCCCAGUAGUCUCCUCCGUACUUGAACACCUCCUCGUUAGGACUUUACUGUUCCAGCAUGAACUAUGUAAACCUAGAACUUCUGCUCCGAAAGCAAGAACUGUCUCUUAAGUGAAUGCUCUGUCCCUUGGCUCAACCCUAGAUUGCCCUUGAGCUUGCGUCUCCCACUUUCCAGUCCUGUCUCGUCUCACUGUCGCGCGUCUCCAUGUGAGAGGAAAUAUCAGAGACAAUAAUGAUGGAAUGGGACACUAGGGUAGAGGAAAUGUAGCCAGUGUGAGCCAGGGACGAGUUGAACUCCCUUCGCUCCAUGGCUGCCUUUGCUCUAUGCCUAAAGAUGGGCACAGCUCUAUACAUGCAGAUUUGCACGCUGUUCUGUGUACGUGGCUCCAUAUACGUAAAUUGUUGUGUAUGUGGCAUCGUGUACAUGACUUUGUAUUCAUAGUAACAUGCAGCUGAGUCUGUGCUCGUGCCAGCUUGCACGUGAAUCGUAGAUGACUCCCUCGUGCACACGACUCUGUGUACAUGACUCCAUGAUCAUGGCUGUGCACAUGGCGUGUAGACGACUGUAUGUAUACGUGGGUCAUGUGGACACUUCUUCUCUCUUCCUGGUAUGUUCGGCGCAUGUUGCCUCAUCUUGCAACUUGCAGGACCCACCGGCACGCUGACUCAGUCUGACACUGCCAACAACCAGUACAACAACAACACCGACUUGAGCAACAGCUACAACAACAACAGCAACAGCGGCAGCAAGGCGGUGCGCAUCCAGCCGGGGGGGCGCUUCCCCUCGCAGACGGCGCCCGCCAGGCUCGGCAUGUGGGACGACGACCACGACGAAGACAAGUUCCUCAAGAAGCUGCAGAAGGGUGAGGAGGAGGAUAUCGCAGGCACUUACUUCAAGCCGAAGCGAGCCAAUGAACUGCUCGUGAGGUUUCAGGACGAUGCAGGUACCCUAGCCAAGCCCCUGAGCAAGAAGAACAGCACGAGCAACAACGCCCUCAACAUGAGUAUGAGUCAGAGCAUGUGGGGCAACACCCUCAACCUCAACUCUUCCUUCAACAACUCCAACAACUCGUAUAACUCGUCGUGGGGCUCCAACUCCUCCUCCUCGAGCGUGGGGGGGUCGGGGGUCGGGGGAGUCAUGAGUAACGGAUGGUUAGGUACGUGGGCCUCGGCUCGCCACGACGCACGCACGCACGCACGCACGCACGCACGCACGCACGCACGCACGCACGCACGCACGCACGCACGCACGCACGCAGAUGUAUGUUCAUGCUUAUACAGAUACACUGAUGGAAAGACAUACAUACACGUCCAGCGCAUACACGUAUAAGCACGCCCGCGCGCGCGCACAAAAACACACACACACACACACACACACACACACACACA